GAGCUUUGUUCCGCAAAAGGUAUCGUCGUUUGCAAAACCUUUUUCCUUUCCACAAUGAAACGGGUUUUUGGAAAAAAGAAGGCCGAGGCUCCGGCGCCGUCGCUCGACGAAACAUCCUCGGGGCUCAAUAGCCGGAUUGAAUCGAUGGACCAGAAGAUUGAAGGCCUCGAAAGUGAGCUACGUGGUUUCAAGGACAAGAUUAAAAAGACGAAAAGCCCGGCCGCCAAGAAACAGCUGCAAAAACGUGCCUUGGAGAUUCUCAAACGUAAACGCAUGUACGAACAGCAACGCGAUACCGUCUCGGGUCAACAAUUCAAUAUCGAUCAAACGUCGUUUGGAUUGGAAUCUGCAAAAGCCAGCGUCAGUACUGUCGCGGCUAUGAAAGCUGCCAAUAAGGAGCUCAAAAAGACUAUACGGAAAGAUUUGGAUAUUGAUGAUGUCGAUGAUCUUGCGGACGAUAUGGCGGAGCUCAUGGAGGAUUUCAACGAAAUUAAUGAAGCAUUGGGACGCAACUUUGCGACUCCCGACGACUUGGACGAGGCCGACCUAGACGCCGAGCUCGAAAUGCUGGGAGACGAACUUGAAGAGGAGUUUGAGGCAGAGACGGCGGAUGCUGCACCUAGUUAUCUCUUGCCAUCGACUCCGCUGGACACUCCUGGCGAGAAAACCGGAAGUUCCGCUGACGACUAUGGUCUUCCUACAGCACCAAUUGGUAAUCAGUAGCUGUGUUUUGACUAUAGAAUGCUGGAAAAAGCAGUUUUUUUU